AAGAAGAAGAGACGCCACUCAAUAUACAAUACAUAUUUUCCUACAAAAAGCUUUGCAUACUGAUUGAUAGCAGGGACUGUUAUUAGUCAAAAAUGGGUGGGUUCUUCUCCAGUCUUUUUUCUGGCCUGUUUGGCACCAGGGAAAUGAGGAUACUGAUCCUGGGGUUGGAUGGAGCUGGGAAAACCACAAUCCUUUACAGACUUCAAGUUGGGGAGGUCGUCACCACUAUUCCCACCAUUGGUUUCAACGUGGAAACAGUGACAUACAAGAAUCUGAAGUUCCAGGUGUGGGAUCUUGGAGGGCAGACCAGUAUUAGGCCUUACUGGCGCUGCUACUACUCCAACACUGAUGCUGUUAUCUAUGUAGUGGACAGCAGUGACAGGGACAGGAUGGGAAUCUCCAAGUCUGAACUGGUGGCUAUGCUUGAGGAGGAGGAGCUGAAGAAGGCUAUACUGGUGGUGUUUGCCAACAAGCAAGACAUGGAGCAGGCCAUGACUCCCACUGAGGUCGCCAAUUCCCUGGGCCUGCCAGCACUCAAAGACAGAAAGUGGCAGAUCUUCAAGACCUCCGCCACCAAGGGAACAGGGUUGGACGAGGCCAUGGAAUGGCUGGUGGAGUCUCUCAAGAGCGGACAGUAACCUCAGCCUAACACCAUGCAAAUAAAUGUGACUUCCCGCUGCAUAUUUAUGCUCCUGGGCCUGUUUCCCAAAAGCAUCUUAAGGCUAAAUUCAUCGUUAGAAUCUUCGUAGGAGCAUUGUUAAAUCUCUGAGCUGUUUCCCAAAACCAUCGUUACUGAAGUUGCACUUGAAAACGCUCAUUAUUUACCGACUGCCUCACCACUCGUAGAACAGCUAAGUGCAUCGUUAUGUUUUUGACCUUUUGUGUCACUUUAUUUACAGAAAAUCUCUGCUAAACAUAGAAUCAAGAUGUUCAUCUCUCUGAUUGUGACUGCCGAUAACUUCAGAACAAAGUUGACUACAAAUACAAAGUUGCUAAAGUCUUUGCAAUUGUUACAAACAAGUGAAGGAUAAAAAUAUGCUUCAAAUUAAAACUGAGAUGACUGCAUUAAAAGAUAAAUAGGCUA